AUGGGAGAAGACACAGGCAGCAGUAGUACCCAAACGAAUGCCACGCAGCAGCAGCAGCAGCAGCAGCAGCAGCUGCUGCUGCUGCUGCUGCUGCAUAGCACUAGCUGCAGCCGCAGCUCAGUUUCUUGCAGGCCCAGCGGCAGCAGCAGCGCAGCGCCGCAGAGCAGCAGCAGCAGCAGCAGCGCCGUGGACAGCGAGCAGCAGCAGCAGCAGCAGCAGCAGCCAACCCCGCAGCGUCUCCAGAGCCAAGCGCCCCCCCGCAGCGCCUCCGCCCCCACGAGCCCCCGCCGCAGCAGCCGCAGCCCCACCAGCAGCAGCAGCAGCAGCAGCAGCAGCAGCAGCAGCAGCAGCAAGAAGCUGCCCAGCCGUGGGGCAGACUAUGUGCUGGACAGCGUCUUCUUAGGGCCCAUUCAGAUAGGGGCCCUCGCUUUUGAAUUUGCUGUCAAUCCCCCAGACUUCACGCAGAUGGACAGAGGCAGCGUGGAGGGCAUGCAGGCGGUGCUGGUGUGCGGCGGCAUGCAGGCGGUGCUGGUCUGCGGGCUGUACGAGGGCCGGGAGUUCAUUCGCAUUGGCUAUUAUUUGAACAAUGCUUACAGGUCUUUUUGA